UCCAGCAAGCGAUCGACAGCAGCCAAGAAAAGAUGGGCUGCACAGAUAGCUGCAAAGGCCACUGUUGAGUGACUAAACUGCCACGAACUCAAACACAGACGAGACGAAUGAAAAGUGUAUCGUUCAUGUUGUGAUGAAUCGAAAUCACGUGAGUGGGAUGUGCUCAGAGUGAGGAAGUCAGAUGAGCAUCAAGGAAAAGGAAAAGGAGGCGAGAUGAUGUGCACUAAAGGAGCUUACAUUUGGGAGAGGAAAGAGCAUUUUUACUGUUUUAUUAUUGUGAUUAAUGAUGCCUCACUGUCCUGAGUCCCCUUAUAACCCUGUCACAGUAUUUCCAAGCUUUGAUAGUGUAACUGAGAUGACACAGUAAAUCAUUUCUCUUUUUAUACAAACUUUAAUAGUUUGUAUAUUUGUUUUGUUUUAGACCACACAGACAAACAAACAUAUACAAACCCAAAGUUAUUAUAGUAAAAAAAAUGAAGAAUGCCUGUGCCUAGUUUUAGUGUUCUUAUCAACAUUCCAUGGUGACCACUAAACCCCAAUCUUGAGCCAACACCCAACCUCUUCAACAUGUGGUAUGUUACAUUGUAUAGUGUUUGAUGCUUUUUUCAUGUGCUUUUAGAUGCCACAACCCAGCAAGCGAUCGACAGCAGCCAAGAAAAGAUGGGCUGCACAGAUAGCUGCAAAGGCCACUGUUGAGAUGGACGAGAUUGCUCAACAUAUGGACGUGAGUCCCUUGCAAGCCUGCAUCGACCUGGAGAAGGCCACUCAAUUCAUCACACAAGUUUUGCAGAUGGACGAGAUUGCUCAACAUAUGGACGUGAGUCCCAGGCAAGCCUGCAUCGACCUGGAGAAGGCCACUCAAUACAUCACACAAGUGUUGCAGCAUGAAGUAGGUAGGAACCAGGAGUUCUGCGUGUUGAUUCGCCGUCUAGAAGAGAUGGAGGUGGAGACUGGGCGGAGUCUGGCGGAGCAGGCGGAGUCAAACCGACAGCUGAAGCUGAAGAACGAUGAACUGCAGAAACACCUGGAGGAAAAAGACAACUCACUGUCACAAGCCAACCAGACUGUGGCUUUCCUAGAGAAUGAACUGGAGGACUUGCAUCAGCAGUGCCAGACUAAACAUAGGACGUUUCAGGAAGUGAAUGAGUGGCUGCAGGGUGGAGAGAACCAGCUCAAGGUUGAGCCGGUCUCGUUUUAUGGCCAGAGUUCGCCGGUCUCGUCUCACACGCCAGUCUCGUCUCACACGCCGGUCUCGUCUCACACGCCGGUCUCGUUUGAUGGCCAGAAGCUGCUGGAGGCUCCAGUCUCUGGGAUUAAAGAAAACGAUGAUGAUGAUGAUGACGAUGAUGAUGAUGAUGAUGACGAUGAUGAUGAUGAUGAUGGAUAUGGAGAGUACAGUCAGCCUGAAGAGAGAACUGACCCCGGAGCAGAACUGACCCUCUCUUCAGCUGCAGACAUUAAAACUGAACUGAUCCAGGAAGAGUUGGACCAGUCCAACAUGGCUCCAGCCCUCGACUCCAAGAUGGACCCCGUGGUUCUGGCCCAGCUCAUGGGGGUGACUGUGGAGUUGGUGGACUGCUGUAGAACACAAAGAGAAGAGAAGAACACGGAUGGAGUACAGCCCGAGACCCAGGAAUCCGGAAGAUUCUCCUACCCUCUGUGUGACGAAGGCUUCAGCUCCCCGCUCAAGCUGCAUCAGCGCAUCCAUACAAGAGAGAGGCGGCACCACUGCACUCAGUGUGGCAAGAGCUUUACUCAAGAGGGACAUCUCAAACAACAUCAUCUCAUUCACACAGGAGAGAGGCCGUACAACUGCACUCAGUGUGGCAAGAGCUUCAAUCUAGAGGGGAAUCUCAAAAAACACCAGCGCAUUCACACAGGAGAGAAGCCAUACAACUGCACUCAGUGUGGCAAGAGCUUUAUUCGAGAGGGAGAUCUCAAACAACACCAGCGCGUUCACACAGGAGAGAGGCCUUAUCAAUGCACUCAGUGUGGCAAGAGUUUUGCUCUAAAGAGGAAUCUCCAAAAACACCAGCGCAUUCACACAGGAGAGAAGCCGUACAACUGCACUCAGUGUGGCAAGAGCUUUACUCGAGGGGGAAGUCUCAAACGACAUCAUCUCAUUCACAUUGGAGAGAGGCGGCACCACUGCACUCAGUGUGGCAGGAGCUUUGCUCGAGAGGGACAUCUCAAACUACAUCAUCUCAUUCACACAGGAGAGAGGCCGUACAACUGCACUCAGUGUGGCAAGAGCUUCAAUCUAGAGGGGAAUCUCAAAAAACACCAGCGCAUUCACACAGGAGAGAAGCCGUACAACUGCACUCAGUGUGGCAAGAGCUUCACUCUAGAGGGGACUCUCAAAAAACACCAGCGCUUUCACACAGGAGAGAUGCCGUACAACUGCACUCAGUGUGGCAAGGGCUUUAAUCAAGAGGGACAUCUCCAAAAACACCAGCGCAUUCACACAGGAGAGAGGCCGUACAACUGCACUCAGUGUGGCAAGAGCUUUAAUCGAGAUGAUAGUCUGAAACGACACAUGCGUCAACACACGGGGGAGAGACCGUAUCACUGCUCUCAGUGUGGCAAGAGUUUCACUCAGCUGCGCAGCCUGAGGACUCACCAGACCAUUCACACAGGAGAACGGCGGCACCAGUGUAUUCAGUGUGGCAAGAGUUUCACUCAAGAGGGGACUCUCAAAAAACACCAGUGCUUUCACACAGGAGAGAAGCCGUACCAAUGCACUCAGUGUGGCAAGAGCUUUAAUCGAGAGGGGAAUCUCAAAAAACACGAGCGCAUUCACGAGUUUACAUUCACAAGUUCAUAUUCACACACAUUAACAUGAGUUAAUCACACACAGGCAACUGUUAAGAUGGUUCCCUAUGCUAGAGAUAGCUAGCG